AUGGCCUCUACCAUCCCUCCUUUCCACCGCCUUCUAAGCUUCUACUCCAACCGCAACCCUCACGACUCUCAAACCAUUCGUCUUCAAGACUCACUUCGAGGCAAUCUCGCCCUAGGCCUGGACUUUCCGGUGGCCUUGGGAGUUGCAAUUGGUCGUCACCUGUUCCUUAAGAAUGUAUCAUUCUUCAGCMUCAACAUUCAUGUCCCCUCCGUGAGCUGGAAAGUCAGUCCUUUGGAAGGGCUAGAGGUGGAUGAGAAAAGGGACUAUACGUGCUCGGAGCUGUUCUCCAAGACUAGGCAGGAAAAGGGUGUAAUGGGGGCGAUGGACGCGUUGGGGGUUUGGUCAUUGGCUGCGGACGUAAAGAGCGGUCUAAUCAGCGGGCAGGAUGUCGUGGCUUUCCAACGUGGGACGCUACUGCAUGAGGUGGAGAACAGGCGGAAGGAUCGUGAGCAGGUAUUGCCACUUAAGAGAGGAGGGCCGAUCAGUGUUGCUGGGCAUAGCUGGUUUGUUGGGAAACUAUUUGGGGUGGAAGUCUAUCGGGAGAAGGAGGAUUGA